AUGGUAGAGGUGGUGCAACUUGCUAACACAAAGCAAGAGAUUCAUGUGGAAGUGAAGGUACACUCCUCUAACCAAUCUUGGAUAUUCUCUGUUAUAUAUGCUAGUCCUAGGAGUGCAGAAAGAUGUAUUCUCUGGGAAAAUCUAGCUAAGGUUUUUGAGUUACAUAAUAAGCCUUGGGUGAUAGCUGGAGAUUUCAAUGAAUCGCUUGCAGAAGAGGAUAAAUUUGGGGGCAGGUUCUUUAUGAACUCUAGCUGGUGUUUGCUCUACCCAGAUGCCAUAGCAACUCAUCUAACAAGAUGUCAUUCAGACCAUUGCCCUAUACUUAAGGAAACCAAUCCUAGAAGACCCACUCAAUUGAGUAGACCCUUAAGAUUUCAAAGUUUUUGGCUCUCUGACCCCUCCUUUCCAAACGUGGCUAACCAGGCUUGGAGACAAUCAAGGAAGCUUUCAAAAGCUAUGGAAGCUUUCUCCAAAGAAGCUAUAGUAUGGAACAAAAACCACUUCAGAAAUAUCUUUGGCAAAAAGAGAAGAAUUAUGGCUCAGUUAAGGGGUAUUCAAAUGGCUAUGGCCUCCAAUCCCUCCUCCUCCCUAAUCAUUCUUGAGAAUUAA